UGAAAAGGUUAGAUAUAGAACUGUAAGUUAUGUUGUUUGUGCUGAAAGUGCAUGGAUGACAUUUCUAAUGUUUGUGCAUGAGAGGGUGAUCGGGGAAUGCUUGAGCCGAUUGUGGAGGUAUUUAUCUGCUGUAGCUUCUUUUUCGUUCUCUGCCCAUUUGGUUCAAAUUGUUGCAGAGGAUAAUAUAGGGACACUUGUUUCUGUGAUUGAUGAAGAAUGCUGAUAUUCUGUCUUGGCUUUUUGUUAUCACAAAGGCCACAAGGGUUUUCUGUCUAGUCAUGGAUGUUGGAAUGGUGAUGGUAUUAUUGCUGAUUAUUCCUGAAUGUGGGAGUAACACUUUGAGACCAUGUGAUGUGCCCUCAUUAGAUUUUUGUCUCCGAUUUUUUUUUUUUUUUCUGUCAUUGGCUUCUACAUUAUUUAUUACCCUCGCAUUGCGAGUGCUCCUUAUGCACUAAGACCAUCUUUAUUAAAAUACUACUCUGCAUACAAAGAACAAACCAUUGUAUCAGUAAAGAACAAAUCUCAACAACAUAAGAAUAGAACAUUACUCAGUCAAGAACAGAUCUCAACAACCCAAUAAUAAUGCAACUUUAUCAGCCAAAAGCAACAAAUUAAAACAAAAAAACCCUUAUCGGCAUAUCAGUAUUUUGUAAACGUGGCGGCUGUGCACGUAAUUGGAAUUCCUACCUUUGAGUCAUUUGAUCUUGAACAAGUAUGUACAUUCUUGAACAAGUAUGUACAUUACCACAUACAUAUUUCAGUUUUAAAACUUUGAGUGACAAAUGUGUCACGGUGAACUGAAUUUUCAAUGAUAAAUAUAACAAUAGAUAAUUCUUGGCACUUCGUAACACUGAGUACUUGGAAAUUGGAAGUUUGAUAGUGUUUCAUGUUAGUUUUCUACUAAAUUAUUUAUUUGUGUUUCAGGGAGGAAAAUCAGCCAGGAUUGUGAUCAGCGUCUUAGCCCUUAAGUCCUAUGGUGAAUGGAAACAGACUGGGAGUAAUGGUGUGUGGAAAUUUGGUGGAACUGUCAAACCCACAAUCUCUGCAAAAUCUUUUGUGAGAAAAAACUCAGCCAUUUACUAAUUCUUUGUCGAGUAACUCAUCCAUCAAUGAAAAAUCCACUAAUGCUCUCACAUCUGAUAUCGAGUCUAAUAAAAUGGUUGUCCAGGUCUCAUUCUUUGAGUAUGCUUGUUCGUGCAGUACUAUUAGAUAAGAAGCCUGAAGAAGUUCCACUGUUAGUCGAAUCAGUCUUAAACAUGGAGGAGUUUGAGCAUCGCGUUGCUAGCCAGGGAGAACAGAAGAUGGGUUUCACAAUUGUUUUCCAUCACAUGUUGUGCAAGGAGUGAAUUCUGAUAUGCGAUCUUUCUUCGAAGCAUUAGGGAUAAUGAGAGAGGUGAAACUAUGGUGGAAGCCUAAGAAAGAUACGAUGAAGGUAAUUGAUGGGUCUUAAAAGUGCCAUAAUACACUUCGGUCUAUGACUUCUUCUCAUAGUCCCAAAUAUACAACACUAUAAAGUCUUAAUCCCAAAAAUCCUAAGUUUAUUUUCACCCACUCAAAUCUACUACAACCAUCACAACAUUAAUCCCAUCAACACUCUUCUACAAUUUCUCUUCUCACUUUCACAAUGCCAUUGUAUUUCAACUCACAUUCAAAUGAACUCCAGUGAAACCACUUUCUCAACAUAAAACAUUAAAAUAAGCUGCUUUAUUUUAAAAAAUAUUAUUUUUUAUUAAAAAUAUAAUUAAACAUGUGGUAGACACGUGUCAAAACAUAUGUAACUAAUAUAAAUGUUUAAGUAGAAUGUCGUUUGUCACAUAAAAUAAAAUUUAACAUCAUGAAAAACGAGAAACUAAAUACAUCCCUUCUCAAAAUAAAGA